AUGGCAAAGACCCUCCAAAGCAGUAUAGCCUUCGACCAAGGCAAACUGCCAUAUGCUAUCGAGAGCCACUGGAAUAGUCAUCAGAAGAAGACGAAAAUCAAGAAGAGGCAGAUGGCAAAGACCCUCCGAAGCAGCGUAGCCUUCGACCAAGGCAAACUGGCAUAUGCUGUCGAGAGCCACUGGAAUGGUCACCAGAAGAAGAUGAAAACCGAAAGGCGGCAGAUGGCAAAGACCCUCCAAAGCAGUAUAGCCUUCGACCAAGGCAAACUGCCAUAUGCUAUCGAGAGCCACUGGAAUGGUCAACAGAAGAAGAUGAAAAUCAAGAAGAGGCAGAUGGCAAAGACCCUCCGAAGCAGCGUAGCCUUCGACCAAGGCAAACUGCCAUAUGCUAUCGAGAGCCACUGGAAUAACUCUGGGGGAAAGGGAUUUGAGAGAAAUGGCAAGGAUCCAAAGAAAACUGGAACAGAUGUGGCUGAUCCAGUCGCUCCAGUGCAAAUAGAUGGCUCAGUGCGGUUUGAUGGCGUGGGGGGUCUCUCUGACCACAUUUCAGCUUUGAAAGAGAUGGUCAUUUUCCCGUUACUUUAUCCGGAGUUCUUUGAGAGAUUCAAACUGCGACCCCCAAGAGGCUGUCUAUUCUAUGGCCCACCAGGGACUGGAAAGACCCUGGUAGCUCGGGCACUUGCUAACGAAUGCAGCCAAGGCGACAGGAGAAUUUCCUUCUUCAUGAGGAAAGGCGCUGACUGCCUGAGUGAAUGGGUGGGAGAAUCUGAGCGCCAGCUCCGUUUAUUAUUUGAGCAGGCCUACAAGAUGCGGCCUUCAAUUAUUUUCUUUGAUGAGAUAGAUGGUCUUGCCCCUGUGCGGUCCAGUCGCCAGGAUCAAAUUCAUAGUUCUCUUGUCACAACGCUUCUGGCGCUUAUGGAUGGCUUAGAGAGCAGAGGAGAGAUUGUGGUCAUUGGAGCCACCAACAGACUCGACUCCCUAGACCCUGCUUUGCGGAGGCCGGGUCGUUUUGACAGAGAGUUCCUUUUCGCCUUGCCCAAUAAAGAGGCUCGCAAAGAGAUUCUCAAGAUUCACAUGAGAGCCUGGAGCCCUAAGCCGCUGGAUGCAUUUCUUGAGGAGCUGGCUGAAAAAUGUGUUGGAUACUGUGGAGCCGACAUUCAGUCUCUCUGUGCUGAAGCUGCCCUCUGUGCUUUGCGCCGACACUACCCACGGAUAUACACGAGUCGACAGAAGCUGCAGAUAGACAUCGCUGCCAUUGAAGUAGCAGCAAGAGAUUUUGCGGAGGCUCUGCGGAAGAUUGCACCAGCUUCGCAGAGGGCUGUGGCUUCGCCCGCGCAACCGCUGUCAGCCGUUUGUAAGCCACUGCUUCAGAGGACUCUGGAGAGACUCCUAAAAGCGUUACAGAGAGUGUUUCCCCAGGCAGCGCUUGCACUAAAGAAGGACCAGCAGCCAGAUGGUGCAAAUCCUAUCUUAGGAAACGGCUGCAUGUAUAGUCAUGAGGCGUCACCUUCAGGUUUUGCAGAGGAGCUGUUUCAUCAAACGGCCAGUCCUCAAAAGGAAACGUUCCUUCACUUGAACAGAGAUGCUUACUGCCAGCCCACGUGUUACAGGCCAAGGUUCUUAAUAGCGGGAGAGCCCGGAUGCGGGCAAAGUUCUCACCUGGCUCCUGCAGUAAUACAUGCGCUGGAGGAGUUUGCAGCUUACACGCUGGACCUGCCGGCUCUCUUUGUUAGUAGCACGUCGCCUGAAGAAAGAUGUGCACAGUUGAUCCGAGAAGCCCAGAGGACAGCGCCAAGCAUCCUUUAUGUGCCUCGUAUCCACGUAUGGUGGGAGGCUGCUGGCGUCACACUGAGAGCUACGUUUACAACGUUAUUGGAGAACAUUCCAGCAUAUGCUCCAGUUUUGUUGCUUGCAACGUCAGAUGUACGUCACGCAGAGCUCGCCCAAGAGGUCCGAGAUUUAUUUUCUGAGGCUUAUGGAGAAGUUUUCCAUGUCCAGUUGCCGGACGAGGAAGAAGGCAGAAAGUUCUUUGAGGACUUGCUUUUAAAUCAAGCUGCUCAACCUGCUGCCUCCAAAAGGAAAGCAGCUUGUCAGGAACACGGCGUACAGCCUGCAGCAUCUCCACCGGAGCCUCGACUGCCAGCAGAGGAGCAAAUGAAACAGUUUGAGGAGCAAGCAGAGGAGACAUUGCCAGCAGGGCCUCUACCUUCCCAUACACCCUUCCCAAGUGCUGUAUCAAGCAGAAAACGCAGAAGCAACGCAUCACCGUCAGUCAGCCUAGCAGAGAAGAGGAGGAGAUUCCCAUCCAGCGAGGAGAAUGAGACUCACGUCUGUUUAAGGCAACUGCUGAGUGCUGCUGCUGGGAUAACAAAGAAGUUCAGCAUCUUUCACCGGGAAAAACUACAUGUUAUGCUCAGCCAGUGUAUUUUCCGGCACCGACAAGACGACGACAAGACUCAGUUAAUAGAAGUAGUAUUUCUCACGGCACUUCCGAUCGCUGUUACACCGCUCCUGCACGGGUACAGUGUGGGUAUCGUGUCUUCAUCUCAAUCUUCGUCUCUUUACCGCAUAGUAGUCCGUGAAAUGAAGAAGGAAAUUGGAACGUUCCUUGGUGCCAACUAG